AUGAACUCGCUUUCGAGUCCUGAUUCAAUUCUACCUACUCCACCCCCCGAAUUUAACCUCCUCUCAUCAUCCAAAGCUACAGUAUACUUCCCUAAUCCCGUACAUCCCGUUGCACUGGAGUAUGCAAAGAUCAAAUUCGGGAGGGUGGUCGUGAAUGAUACCAAGGGAGGGCAUGAUUUCGAGGAGGAUCUAUUGAAAGUGGCAGAUGGAAUUGUCAACCGAGCUAAUCCCUUACCUCAAUCCUUCCUCGAAAAAUGUCAGAACCUCAAAGGGAUUAGCGUAGUAGGAGUAGGAUACGAUUCAGUUGAUAUUGUUUUUUGUCGUAACAGUAAAAUAUCAGUUUUCAAUUGUCCAGGAAUCAAUUCCACUUCAGUCUCAGAACUCACUUUGACCCUCACUCUAUGUCUCCUUCGAAAAGUGACUCAACUCAAUAACCGGAUUAAAAGCCUCGCAGAAGGUGAAAAGGUAUUGGCAAUUGAUAAUCUGGGGAACGAGUUGAAGGGUAAGAAAGUAGGUAUGAUAGGAAUGGGUAAUACAGCUAGGAAGACAGGAGAGUUAUUCCAUCACGCCUUUGGAUGUCCUCUUCAUAUCUAUUCACCCACCUCGCCUCCUGACAAGUGGACUUCGUCAGAUCCAUCAUGCCAAGGGGCAUUGAACCACACCCGUCACUCAAAUCUUGAAACUCUCUUACCUGAAGUUGAUAUUCUCACCAUUCACUGUCCCCUCACCCCUCUAACCAAGGAUCUAAUCACCGAGCGACAACUCCAAAUGAUGCAAUCAUCCGCAAUUCUAAUCAACAUGUCAAGAGGGUAUGUAGUGAAUGAAACUGAUUUGUACAAUGCUCUGAGAGAAGGUUGGAUAACUUCGGCUGCAAGUGAUGUUUUUCAGAUCGAGCCGGUCAAUAGAAAGUGCAUGAAUUGGUUGGAUGAAUUGGAUAAUUUCAUUGCUACCCCACAUAUUGGAGGAAGUACCAUCGAAGCUCAAAUCGAGAUAUGUAAAUGUGCGAUUGACCAAUUGGCAAAUUAUUUUGAUGGACAUCGAAUUGAGAAUCGAAUUUGUUGA